AUAGCUUAUCGGCAUUAUCGAUUGCGCCUUAUUUUGCCGAUAGCAAAACAAUAACAAAAAUAAACAUAAAACAUAAACAUAAACAAACACGAGCACGUCGAAACUGCACGACGCAAUGGGUUUUCCGCGCAUCCUCAGCAAGAACAACAAGAUUUACACGAAGCUUGGCGAGUUCUGUUUGUCGGGGGAUAGCUUCUGGAUUGUUUGCCAUACGUGCCAGGAGGAGCUGCAGACGCAAGAUCAGUUCUGGAAGCACAUACAGGAUGAGCACAACUUUCUGCAUGGGGUGGCCAAGCAGGAGCACAGUCGGACCUCCAGCUACUGCCUCACAGAUGUGGAGGCUGCGGCGGCAGCGGCCACUCCAGGUGGUAGCUCUCAGCAGGGCGCAACUGCGGUCAGUGUGCCCCUUGCACUGUAUCACUGCUCUACCAAGUACUCCGAGGAGGAGCAGCGUGAGGUGGAGCUUCACGAACAGCAGGUUCAAGUACAACAGCAAGUGCAACAACAGGUACAACAGCAACAGCAGACGCAACAGCAGGCCCACCAGCAGCUACAGCAGCAGCGGGAUGUUGCCAAGGAGCUGGCCGAACUGCAUGCCAACGUGGUGGCUGCCGCCGCAGCUGGUGAGGAAGGCACCCGUAGCAACAGCGUCAUCGACAUCAAGAUAGAGCCCGCCAGUCUCACACUUACACCCGAAAUGCAGGCUGCUGCAGCGGCUGGCGGGACCAUUUACCAUCUACCACAGUUAGUGCCAGCACCUGUGCCGCCCCCGCCGCCCACGUCAGGAUUUGUGAAUGUUAGCGCCAGCACCAACACUUCCAAUACAGUCAGCACCACGCCGCCCAAUGCGCUCCACCAACAACAGCAGCAGCAGCAAAUCAAUAUGUCUGUCGUCCCUUCAACGGCAAUGGCCGCCGCCCUGCUGGCCGCCAGUCAGGAGCAGCUGCCCAAGGACUCCAACAGCACGACCGCAAGCGCCGGGAGCGCAGUGUCCUCGGAUGACGGAGAACGCUGGUACGUCUGCGAUUAUGAAACAUGCGGUCUGAAGUUCAAGUACAAGUCCAGAAUGGAGCUGCAUCGGGUGGUACAUAGCAAGGAGCGGCGGUUCAACUGCGAACUUUGCAAUGCCUCCUUUAAGCAGUCUUGCAACCUAUCCACGCACCGAAAGAAAAAACACGCGCUGAGGGGUACCAAAAGCGAAAUACUGCCGCAGCGCUUCUAGGUUGUAGAUUUUUCAACCUCAGCCCUAAGGUGCCCCAAUUAUCACUUGUUUAGCUCACUGCAACGCGAGUCAGCCUGUAGGACUAUAUUUAAGAAGGCAACUCUCAUAAACCCUGUCCGACUUUUUCGAAUAAGUUUAUGUGGGUUGCAAACCUACAUAACUUGCAUGCUUGCCACACGACUUAGAAUGUUUUUACCUUUUCUUAAAAGCCUUUAAAAAAUGUUAUUAUACGAGGAGCCACUAGCAAUAUCUAGAAAGUCCGAAGGUGUUUUUCAUUAUUGCAUAGGGCUAAUCCACUUUAUAGACUUAUUUGGUUGCAACUUGAAAAUAUAUUUUUUGAAGUACACCAGUGACCUAUAUGAUUGUAAAUUAAAAACUUUCCAAUGUAACACUCUUGUGGCAGGCAAGCGGUGAUCCUAAUAUACAAAAUAUAUAUAUAUAUAUAUUGUCGAUAUAUAUAUAUAUAUUUGUAUCUAAUGUAGGCUUAUUUUCCCUUGUAAAUGUAAUCUUAAUGUUUAAGCGGGGUUAUGUUAACCUCCCAUUAACUCCAAUGCUCUAUAUGUAUAUGCAAUAUGUUAUAUACAUGGGGAAACACAAAAACCUGUAAACAUUUUCGGGAUGCUUAGACCGAAAAAUUCUUCGGUGUCCAAGAACUGGUAUUGUUUCUGAUGUUGUAGAACAGUGGGGCUGGCCUGACUCGCGAGUCUUGAUAGUUCCUCUGCCGACGCCCUGGUUACACCGACACUUUAAAGUUUAAACGCUCGUGUGGCUUUGGGAUGCGUCUUCGGAACACGCACACAACUACAAGUCUUACAUUUCAUUGUACUUGAGUGGGCACCACUGUUGUAGAGUUAUUUUGCUCAGAUUUUUAAAGGCAUAUCUUCUCUUGCAAGUUAAACGUUUACCCUUAUGAUUUUUUUCUGGUCCUCAUGCUAAGCUAAAAGUACACGGGCUUAAACCUAAAAAAAGUUAAAGAAAUUUGGUAUAAAAGCCUACUUUUAGUUUAACGUGAAAACGGGUUAAUUACCCCAAGUUAAAGAUAGGGACACCGAGACAGUGGCAUUUACAGUUGAACAGGUUCGUUAGUUGUUCAGUUAGUUAAACUCUAUAAAUACACACUUAUGUCCUGAGUUUAGAACAAUACAGAUGGUAUAUGUGCCACAAGAUCUGUCAAUCAAAUGCAACCAACCACAGAAACUCCAAUCAAAAACGAAAAUACAUAAAGAAUACCACAGAAA